AUGGUCGGCCAGAAGCAACCCGUCUACGUGCUCGGCGUGGGCAUGACCAAGUUCAUCAAGCCCCGCGGCAAGGUCGACUACCCCGAGCUCGGCUUCGAAGCCGGUGUCAAGGCGAUGCUGGACGCGCACAUCAACUACGACGAUGUCGAUCAGGGCGUGGCGUGCUACUGCUACGGCGACUCGACGUGCGGGCAGCGCGUCUUCUAUCAGUUCGGCAUGACUGGCAUUCCCGUGUACAACGUCAACAACAACUGCUCCACGGGAUCCACCGGCCUGUACAUGGGCAGGAACAUGAUUGCUCACGGCGCUGCAGACUGCGUGUUGGUGGUUGGGUUUGAGAAGAUGUUUCCUGGCUCGCUGCAGAGUUUCUUUCAGGACCGCUCGAAUCCUACUGCGACGACCAACUUGAUCAUGAAGGAGACCAGGGGUGUGACCAAGGCGCCUGGUGCUGCCCAGCUGUUUGGCAACGCAGGACGCGAGCACAUGGAGAAAUACGGCUCCGAGCUGGCCGACUUUGCAGAAAUCGCGCGCAUCAACCACGCACACUCCAAGAACAACCCGUACUCGCAGUUCCAAGACGAAUACACGCUGGACCAAGUCGUAAACUCACCCAUGAUCCACUCGCCGCUGACCAAGCUGCAAUGCUGCCCGACCUCGGACGGCGCCGCCGCGACGGUGCUCUGCUCACAGGCGUUCCUCGACGCGCGCCCAGAGCUCAAAGACCAGGCGAUUCUGAUCGCCGGCCAGCGCCUCGCAACCGACACGCCGCAGCUCUUCAACCGCUCGGCCAUCGAGCUAAUCGGGUACGGGAUGAGCGAGCUCGCGGCCCGCGAAGCGCUCGCCGAAGCCGGCACCAGCGCGUCCGAGGUCAGCGUGUGCGAGCUGCACGACUGCUUCUCCGCGAACGAAAUGGUGAGCAUCGAAGCGCUGGGGCUGGCCGGGCGCGGCAAAGCGCACGAGCUGGUUCGCGCGGGCGGCAUCACGUACGGUGGGCGCGUCGUCAUCAACCCCUCGGGCGGGCUCAUCUCAAAGGGUCACCCGCUCGGCGCAACGGGACUCGCGCAGUGCGCAGAGCUGGUCUGGCAUCUGCGCGGCUGGGCCAACAACCGCAGCGUCCCCGACACGCGCGUGGCGCUGCAGCACAACCUCGGCCUUGGCGGCGCCGUGGUGUGCACCGUGUACAAGCGCGGUGAUGGCAAGGCGGCCCAAGACCACACGGACGAGCAGGUCGCAGAGCAGACGGGGCUUGGGUACAACCCUGCGACGCAGGCCAAGGGAUUUACGAGCGCGCAGGUGGAUUCGGUGCGCAGUCGCAAGGCGAGGAGUGCGUGGGCGCUGCAGGAUACGGAGAAGAAGGUGGAGGCGAGGUUUUAG